CAGUAACGCACAGUUAAAUGUUCGUGAGCGUGCAGGUGGAGCAGCGCUUGCUGGUGCUGUCAGCUCUUCAGAUUGAGCAGUUAGCUUGAUGGCUAGCAAACACAAACAACCCUGUUCAUGAAGAUCCAUGGCCACUCGACUCUGUGUGUCAUUGUAAGGGCGUUUCUCCUUUAACGCUUGCCAAACUAGGACGUGACAUAGUCAGCACAGUAGUGUUUUCUGUCCGCAGUUUACAGCGAAAGGACGGCGAGAGGACUGAAAUUGGAGCUAACGUUGGUUAGCUAGCUGCUGUUAGCUUGCCAACGCAAUGGCCUAUAGGUGUAUCCCAGAUGAUGUGAGGCACCCCUGCCUGUAGAGACAAAGAUGACUGAAGUCCAGGCCACAGUGGAGUUCUCUGUGGAGCUCCACAAGUUCUACAACGUGGACCUGUUCCAAAGAGGCUUCUACCAGAUUCGUGCCGGUCUGAAGGUGCCGCCCCGGGUUCCACACAAAGUUGAGACCAGCCUGCUUCACCCGGGAGGCUCUGAUCUGGCGUUUCCCGCUUCAGUCCAAGACGAUGUCAUCUGCAGCAAAACCUUCCAAAUUCUCUACAAGAAUGAAGAGGUUGUGAUCAACGACGUCCUCCUCUUCAAAGUGAUGAUGCUGCUGGAUGAGAAGAAGGUGGAAGAGUCCCUCAAUGACAUUGAUUUCCAGCUAUUCUUGGAUUUAUAUUUCACAGAUGGUGAUUACACGCCAGAUGAUCCAACCUCUCUACAGAACAUCAGUGGCCGCACACUUCGUUUGCACUUUAGCCUUCAGCGAGGCAUCCACCAGCACGUCAACGUCAUGUUUGACUACUUCCACCUGUCUGUCAUGUCUGUAGCCAUCCAUGCCUCCCUCGUGGCUCUCCAUCAGCCCCUUAUCAGUUUGCCUCGACCGGUGAAAACCACAUGGCUGAACCGCAACGCUCCACCGCAGAGCAAAGACUCCAUCAUCCCACCUCUGGAGAAUGUGGUGUUCGGAGGCAGUUAUGUCAAGCAAGUAUCGGCAGACGGCCGGACGUUUUUGGUGUCUGACCACUGUCUGCAGCACGCCUUCAGUCUGCACCAUGACCUCUGCUCCCACCUCCUACUGGCCUACCAGGGCCUCUUUGACUACUUCACCUCCAGCACCAAGGACCUGCCCUCCUCCCAUCGCAUGGAACUAGCCAAGCCCAGCAUGCAAGUCCUAUAUGAGCGAGUACUCAGAAGACCCUAUCCCCGAAGUCAAAGGCACGUCUACAUAGAACAACUCGACUUAGAGGCCCGUCUAGCUGAGUUAUGUGAACAUGUCAAGCAGAAAGCGGAGUCCCCUGACGAGCUGGCAGAACUGGUCAAUAUGAACCUGGCCCAGCUCUGCUCUCUGCUCAUGGCUCUCUGGGGACAAUUCCUGGAGGUAGUAUCCCUGCAGGAGCAUGUUGCUGCCCUACUAGCUAUGGAGCACCAUUCACUGAGAGUAAGGCGCUUUGCUGAGGCUUUCUUUUGUCUCGAACAUCCAAGACAAGCUGCACUAGCGUAUCAGGAGCUACAUGCUCACAGUCACCAGCAGAUGACGAAUGCUAUCAAAAGCUCCAGCUACUUCCUGUCUUUGCCUCCACUUCCAGUGGAAUGUGCAGACCUAGAUGGUGACGUUAGCUCCCUGCCGAUCAUCUUUGAGGAUAGAUACCUGGAUUCUAUCACUGAAGAUCGCGACGGACCCUGGCUGGGCAUGCACAACGCGAGGUCUGGCUCCAUGUCCAGCAAAGCAGACAAGCCCAACUCCAAGGAGUGCAGUGCUGCAGCCAGCCCCAUACCCGAGUCUCGGUGUGCCCCUAUGGAUAACACCUGGCCAGACAGCUAUGAUCCACCACCCAAGUCCAAAGGCAAGUCGGUCAAACUGAAGAAGAAUGCAAAGACUGAGAACUCAAAGAAGCUGAUCAGACAGGGCUCCAAGGACUCCGUGGUGUUGGUGGGCUACAAGAACCUCAAAGCUCCUUAUGGUGACCCAAAGCACAAGGAAGGGGAAGCCCCCCUAAACCAGGAAGAGGAUCGAGAUGCAUUACAGAGGGACUCGAGUAGUUAUUUAAGGACUUAUGCAAAUUCAGCUUUUGACUCUGGUGCCAAUUCAGCACACUGUGGAGACGGUGCUGUGGAUUGUGUCGCAGAUGACAAUAUUGGUACUGCUGCUUGUCAAAGAGGUUCCUUCAAAAAGACAAACACAGACGCACAGAACAAUCCUCAGGCUGGUACUGGGGUUAUUGCUACAUGCAACCAACCACUUUGCAAAGAUCAGCAGGUUGACCCUGGUGGCCAAAAGCUGCCAGAGUGGUCUGCUGGGCUGAAGCAGAUUGAGGUGAAACCAAGUUUAAAGGAUCCAUACCAAGGGGACAAAGUAACGGUUCUGCUCCCAUGUCGGACAGACAUCUGUGAAUCAAAGCGGUCUGUAGUGGACUCUGUUUUCGAAAGGCCCGGUAAAGAGGCAGCGCAGCGUAGCCAGUCCUGUCUGGUCUCAGUCCAGGUGAAGAGUGAUUGUUUCAGGCUGCCGGACGGCGGAGCCCCUAGUGCCUCGUCGCGACUCUCGGACUCGGGUAUCGAAAGCGAGCCCAGCUCUUUCGCCACUCAGCUGGUUCCAGGGCUUCAGACUUUCGCCGGACUAGGCGUCUCUGAAUCGGGCAUAGCUGCCCCCCAGCCCGAGAGGCCCCUCCCGAGUCCUGCACCACGGCCGGUUCAGCAAAGCUCGGUGCAAAAGCCCAGUGGGGGGGCAGCAGAAACUCUUUACCCAGAGAACACCAGCGCUGUCAGCGGAGUCCAGUCCUCUCUCACUUCCAUCAACUCCCUGCCCUCUGAUGAUGAGGGCGAAAGCUCCUCAAAGGGCUCCAGUGGAGCUGAAGUCCGAGGCAGGAAGUCCAGUGUUUUGGUGCAGGAGCAGAGUGUAGUGUUCUCUGAAGAUGUCGCCAUCAGACCGGCCAACGACACUGCUGCAGGGGAUUCCCAUCUUAUAAAACCUCCCUUUGACUUGGAAACGGACCCCAAAUUAUUAGGUACUUCUGAUCUUGGACUAGAGGGAGUGGCUGGUUCUGGGACUGUUAAAGAACCCGGUAGUGACCCCCAUACUACCUGCCCUUCCAGUAACUCUGCCACCAGCAGCUCUGACCUGGUGAAACGUGGGAUGGUGGAGAACUACUUUGGCUCGUGCUCCAGCACAGAUGCGUCUGAGAUCAGCCCGGUGGAGACAUCCGCCAUCACGCUGGGAAUCCAUGCUGGGCCACAGGUGGAGGACGACGACGACGAGGACGAGGCCGAACACGAGAUGAUCGAGAACGGUUACUACGAGGAAGGGGAUGGCUACGCUUUCGUCAAUGGCGUCGUUGCCGACGAGGAGCAAAGCGGGGUUGGGGACGCGGCCGCUUCAGAGACGAGUCUUCUGUUUGAGCAGCUCGGCAUCGGCUACCCCCAUGAAACAAAGGACUUAUCAAAAGCGCCCAUCUGCUCCAACCUGGCCUCCAGCAGUGCCGGGUGUAGCUUGGGCAGACCUCCCUGUCCCUCAGCCUCCUUCUCCUCCAGCCUGCGGUGGUAUGAAUGUGCACCCACGCCGCACAUGAAAGCGUUCAUUAAGGCAAAGGAAGAAAUGAAACACCUGAAGCUGCCUGGCUUCCUGUACAGUGACGUGUCUGAGCUGGCAUCCACUGUGCCCUACUUCAGCCUGGAGGAAGAUGAAACUUGCGAAGAAGGCAUCCAUCUCAUAGUCUGCGUCCACGGCCUGGACGGUAACAGUGCAGACCUGAGACUGGUGAAGACUUACCUGGAGCUUGGACUGCCGGGCGCUCGUAUAGACUUCCUGAUGUCAGAGAGGAACCAGAAUGACACUUUUGCUGACUUUGAGUCGAUGACGGACCGACUGCUGGAUGAAAUAGUCCAGUACAUUCAGAUAUACAACCUCACAGUGUCAAAGAUAAGCUUUGUGGGUCACUCCUUGGGGAACCUCAUCAUUCGCUCGGUGCUAACUAGGCCCAGGUUUAAAUGUUACCUGAGCAGGCUGCACACCUUCCUCUCCCUCUCUGGACCUCACCUGGGCACAUUGUACAACAGCUCUGCUCUGGUCAACACGGGACUUUGGUUCAUGCAGAAGUGGAAAAAGUCCGGGUCACUCCUUCAGCUGACUUGCCGUGAUAACUCUGAUCCUCGCCAAACUUUCCUCUACAAGCUCAGCAAGAAAUCUGGUCUGCAGUUUUUCAAGAAUGUGGUAUUGGUUGGGUCACUGCAGGAUCGUUACGUCCCGUAUCAUUCUGCUCGAAUAGAAAUGUGCAAAACUGCAGUAAAGGACAAACAAACAGGCCCUGUGUAUGCUGAGAUGAUUGAGAACCUGCUGCUGCCAGUACUUCAGAACAAAGACUGUAAUCUAGUGCGAUAUGAUGUCAUACAUGCCCUGCCCAACACAGCAAACUCCCUGAUUGGCCGGGCCGCCCACAUUGCCGUCCUUGAUUCUGAGAUCUUCCUGGAGAAGUUCUUCCUCGUUGUAGGCCUCAAGUUCUUCCAGUAGAAAUGAGGCAGAAUCAACAAGAGGAAUGUGGAGCCAAUACCUCGCUGCAUCAAAACCUUAUUCUGAUUAUUUCUUGGUUUUUAAAAUGCAUAGCAUCACUUUUCGAAGACAUGAGCAAAAUCACAAUUUUUCAUCUCAUGUUGUUUAUAUUGGAAUCACAGUGGAUAUGGACAUUUUUUAUUUUUCUACUGCCAUCUUUUAAACUUUUUUUUUUUUUUUUUUUUUUUUUUUUUUUUUUUUUUUUUUUUUUUGUGUUCGGGAAACUAUCCCCUCCCCCCAUCAUAUGCUAUGUUUUCAGUGGGAUUUAUGUAAUGUUUAUACUUUUAAUUAGUUAUUCAAUUAAUUUUAGAUGCUGAACUGGAAAUAUAGCUGCUACAGAAAUGAAAUGGCUGUUUCGGUGAGCUGGCCCGAGUCACGUCUGCACACACACGUACUGUCCUUACCAUUGCAAACGUUUCCCAUCGAUUUUAAGAGACACUGCAUUGAUUUGCACCACAACUACAUUUUACAAGCUUUUGUACUGAAAAAUGGUCAUUUGUACAAGUUACUUUUUUAUCAACAAUUUUCCAUCGUUUGUAAUGGCAAAGAUUGCAUUUGAGAUAGGAUUGUUGCUCAGACUUGGCAGCCUUUGCUUUGGUCUUAAUACUUGCUACUCUUUGCCAUUUACCCAACCUGGUGUUGGGAGAAUAAAGCUUUACCUACGACAUAACAACAUUUUAUUACAGGGGUUUUAAGCAAUGAUCAUGAUUUAGCAGAAGCACAUAAUGGCAAUAUGAACUUGUUUUAUUGAAAGUAUUUGGUUGUUAUAAUUUGGUGAUUGUGUUUGAACUGGAAAGUAUUGCUUUGAAUUAAAAAAUAGUUUCUUGGAAAAUUGUUUAUAUAUCAUCGUAAUCUACCAUUAAAUCUGCAUCUUAUGAAGUUGGUUAAAUGACUUUUCUUUCUUAUGUGUCACUGCUAAUCACAGGGCUUAAUACACUAAGUGCAGGAAACCCGUUCUGAAGUGAUUUCAUAUCAACUACUAAUACAAUCUCAGCUGUGCCGUUUAUAUCGGGGAAGAAUUUAAUUUUAUGAGCUACCCAAUGUUGGCCACGCUUGUUAUGAUGAAUUUAAGUCUAGUUUUGAUUAACAUUGAUGUACAUCUCUUGGCCUGGGUUCGUUAUAAUUGAACACAUGUAGCAGUAUAAUUAAUUCUAUCGUGUCUGCAGUUUGCUCUGUUAUCGUGGUGCCAUUUCUUUCAAUGAUAUUCAUCUCUCCUUUCAUUUAGAUUAUUUUAUUUUUUUCAAUUGAUCAAAUGGCCCUGCAGAUGGCAGUGUCAUCAGUGACGUGUUUUAAAGACCAACAAUAAAAGUGGGAACU